AUGCAAAAAACAAGUUUUAACAUAAUUUGUGUGCUUCAUAAAAAUUUUGGUGUACUGAAAAUAUUUGGUUUUUUUUAUCAUUCAGUGGAUCAAAUUCUGACCCAUUGGUUUUCAACCAUGUUGUUGUCUUUGAGAUACACCUUUUGUGAAACCAAGAACUGCAUUGUGCUUGGUGAGUAUAAUGUGGAGAUAGGUGGAGUUUCUGGAGAUGCUUAAAAUAUUAUUUUUCUCAUACUCAUUCAUUGCUUUUACUCUAGGAAAGAAAAAGUUCUCCUUUCGUGGGUGCAGGUGGAAGGCAAUCAAUUCAAAAAACUGGUCUCAGGAGCAUCAGGAUUGGAUUUUGAUAGUAGACAAUUUUAGGCCUCACGGAAAGAUACCCCACCCAUGGAAACCGUAACCCCUUGAAAUCUCAGACAUGCGUAGAUUACAUUACUUUGUAACACUGCCUGAUAAAAGGAACGCGGGCUCAUGCCGAGGGUUGUUUACAUCAAAGUUGCAGAUUUGUGUUAAUUAAUGGCCGGCCGACUCGCUGACGAGAACUCCUGAUGGCUCGUAAAAGACCUCAUGACAGCCAGUUUUCUAGUAAAAAUCAGCCACCAGCCAAAAAGAAGCAGAGAAAACAUGAAGAUUAUUUUGAAAAAGUUGAAAGAAAAGCAUUGCAGUGCAAGUUUGCAACUUUUUAAGUGAAGAAAAAAUCGAUCGACUCAAGAGAGAGUGCAAGAGUUUGAGGUCUGAAAACGCCAAUCUAAAAGGAACAGUCAAAACCUUACGACGCAGUAUAGAUUAGUGAUAUUAUUUCAGGACGGAAUGGAAAUGCAGACUUGCAAAUGUCUAAGAAUAAUACUGCAGAUUGCCUGAACCACGAACUACAAUGAAUGAUUUUCAUUCCCAUUCUGAAUUUUCGGCGGUUUUAACUUACGCGAUCGCUAAUGACACUACUUUAAGAGGAUUUUAAUCAUAAACCGAUAAUACUCCCACCGAACAGAAGCCAAAAAAAAAAAAACUCGAAAAUAAAGACAAAGUAGUAGAUAUGGCUGCAUGGUCAGUAUUUUCAGGCUUUUUCUUGCUUAACUAUUUGGAGCGGCGAUUAACGCAAGGGAGGUAGUACGCGCACUCAAAAGCAAAAAAUUAAACUGCGGACUGGAUUCCCUCUAAAGGUUCGUACCUAAGAAAAGAAAUGUACUGGCAAGUUAAUUUUUUCGGUCAGCAGAUCAUAAGGACGCGUAUCUUUGAGUGUCACACAGUAUCGAGAGUUUUAGGAGUGAAGUUUUGAGGCUUGUGUUAGAAGUUUUUAUCAACACGAACAAAAUUAUCUGCGUACUGACCACCGUGGAAACACAAUAGUUUCAAUUAUUCAACCUUGCAAUUGCGAUAACAAUGUUUUUGCCAAAUUUAAACUACACAUUCAAAAUAUACCUGGUCGAUAAGAUUUCUGGCAGGACAUUUUUACUUUGUAUUCUGUUUCAAUACUCUAUCAUGUGAAAUCAGUUACAUUUAACUAAUUUUUAUUGUGUCACCUUUUCAUAAUUUCAGUAUUUGUAAAAGGAAGGAACAUCCAAUUGAAAAAGGACGUGUUGAGGCUUCAAACUCAACUUAAAAAGUGUCAAAAAAUACUGACGUCUACUGAAAAAAAGGAAAAACAAGUCAGACAAAAGCUAAGGGGGACAAGAUCUGCUUCCUCAAAGCUAAAACAGAAAUUACAGGGCAACAGUGAAAUUGCCAAAAAAGGGUAUUCCCUUGUGGAGACAUUUGCUCAUGGUCACAAUGGACACAACCAAAGGACCUUGAUGUUUAUGGCUCGUGUCAGAUACAUGCAACAUGCAUCUUUGUUAUCAUAUCAAAAGACACCUGUAGCAUUACAUCUGAUUUUCAAUAUUUUGUUUAAUUGUAGCCCCCCAACAAACUUCAUUGUCUCCCCAACUACACUUUCUGACUGGAAUGUUCUCUGAGGUGAAGCCCACAAACUAAUUUUACGCAAGCGCUUUUCAAAUUCCAAGUAAGAUUUUCAUCUCUGGAGUGAUGACUCCCACAAAGGAGGAGAGGAGAGGCACGUAGUAGGUGUUCACACCUGGUGUCCCUUAGAGAGCAAGCCACGAGCUUAUGUCCUUGCAAACAGCCUUACAGCAAGCGGGUCUGGAAAACACCUGUAUGAUGUAGAUUACCACGUUGUAAAAAAUGAAUAUGAUAUUACCAAUGUUUCAGGGUUGGUUGGGGACAAUGCCUCUACCCAAACGGGAAAAGUAAACGGUCUUUUAGCUAACAAUGCCAGAAUUUUUGGAAAAGAGAUUUUUUUUGUAGGAUGCUACCCACAUGUACUAAACAUUAUGCUGAGAAGAAUGUGCAGGCUGGGUUUGGGGCCAAGGGUGACAUGAGCAACCCCCAUGUUUUACAAUUACUCUAUAAAAUAUCUUGGCUCCAUCAUGAGCGUCCAAGCCAAUACAAAGUUGUGUAUGUUUCUCUUGGUAUUCUAAGUAAAGAGCCACCCCUUCCCCAGACAUUCAUAGACGCAAGGUGGACAUAUUAUCAUGAAACUCUCCAGUGGUAUCUUAAGUAUGGAAAAGCUUGUUUACAGCUCGCUGAGUGUCUUCUUGAAAGAUUGCCAAAAUCAGAUAGCCACCAGACUAUUUGGCAAGAUGUCAUUAAGCUGAGCUCCAGUCCUAUGAUUCAAGUUGAAAUCAAGUUUUUAUUUGAAUUCCUUGAUAAGUUUAUCAUCCCAUCUCUAAAUACAUCCCAAGCUAGUGAUGCAGAACUUGGAUUCUCCAGUGGUUACCUAGCAAGGUUAUGGCCAGCAACUGUUCUGAAGCACCAUGAAACUUUAAGUAAAAUGUUGAUGUCUCCUGCAGAAUAUUUUCCUUUAACAUCACAACAGGUGAAGAUGUCAUUAAAGGACCCAGCAGCUAUCAACCAUUUUCACAAACAAGUGCAGAGGCCAAUGUUACAAGAAGCAAUUAAAGUAAUCAAAGAUCAUGGAGCAGAGUGGUUAACUUUUCCCAAGUUGUUUGGAAUGGGAGCUGAUCAGAGAUAUCAAAGUCCUUUCUAGCAUUCAGUUUUAAAGCUUCUUGAAAUUCCAGUCAGAUCUGAAAAUCAACAAGAAAAGUCAGUGAACAAUCUCUUUCAUGUACAUGGACAGAACAUUCUAACAUUGGUGUCUAAGGAUAGAGUUGGAUUGAUUAAAUGGGCCACUCUUUGGAAAUUGAUGGAACCACAAUUGCUCAGUGAGAUCAAAGAAAUUGCUUCAUCACCACACAGCUCACUCAUAAGUAAAGAAGCCACUCCAAACCUAUUUGAGUUCUAUGCCAAGCACAUUUUCAGUGUUCCAGUUAACAAUGUUCUUGCUGAAAGACAGUUCAACCUUUCUCAACUGUAUUUUAAUGAUAACAUGUCAGAGUUAUCAAAACAGGCCUCAAUGACAUUUGUUGAAAAUAUUCUGCAAAGUGGAAAAACCAACACCAGGACCACAGAAGCAGCACAUGAAGUUCACGAAGAAAGAAUGAAAGAAUAUACCCAAAUGCUCACCACAGACACUUUGCAAGAGGCAAGAAAGAACCUAAACAAGAUUAGAGAAAACUGCACACAUGGGUCACUUACUGCAAAGGAUGUUUACCCUAGAGCUUGGGUAGAAAAGAAAGUAAACAAUAACUUACCAGAAACAAUUCAGUCACUAAAAGCAGAUGGUCACAAACUUAAACUUCAAUGGAAGGUUUCUGCCAAGGGAACAUCUGCACUGGAGGGACAGAGGUCAUUCAACCCAACAGUACUUGAGGGAGUUACCUGUACACCUGAUGGACAAGUUCCAAGACGCAUGCAGCUAGUGGCACUAAAGGUGUGGAACUAUGGGGAGGAGCUACCAAUUUAUGAUCCAACAAGAGAAUGUCAGUUGUGUCUACAAAAUCUUCCAAAUGUCUUCCAGCCUCCAACUACUCAUCUUUCCACAUCCCACAUGUCUGAAUAUGUUACGCUGUUGCCUGCACAUGAAGAAUAGAGUAGUCAUGAGGGGUGGCUCAGUAAUUUUUAAAUGUUUUAGAUUUGUAAAUAUAGGAAUUUAUUUCACCGACCACACUGCAUGAAAUAAAUAUAUCUCAGCAUGUAUCAGGGCGUGAAAUUGCGCCCAAUACAGGCGCCAAUGCGACUACCGUAACUUUUUCACUUUGGCGACCAAAUCCUGGAAAUUAGUCGAAAAAUUGGCGACUUGAAUGUUUCAUCAUAACCUUGCCAAGAGAUAUAGUGAAUUAAAAAGAUUUGCAAAGAUAAAUCCGUCGCAAACUUCCUCGUUAAGUUUGUUUCCAAAACGUAACAGAUGCAUCUCGAUUGAUAACUAGACGCCAUCUUGGAAUUAAGUGAGCUUUAACGUUAUAUAUCGUCCAUCCUAGUGUCCACUUUGUAGCAUGUUAAAGAUCUUUUCCCAAACUUAAUUUUGGAGGGUCUAUCUAGAAUGCUGACAGCUUAAAGGAAGGUUUUGUUUGUCUUUGAAAAUGGCGACCAACUUUUUUCCACUUGGCUACCACUUUGAAGAAUUUAGGAGCCAAGUGGCUAUCAGAAAGAAAAAUUAAUUUCACGCCCUGUGUAUGCAUUUUUACAUACAGAGACGCAUCUAAUAAUUGAUUAAAGUUUCAACACAACAUGUUAGAAUUAACCAGGUAAAAGCACGUUGUAUAUGCCAUGUUAGUAAAGUGAACAUAGCUUAAUAUCUUAGUACAUGUACAUGUAGCAUGUUAGCUUUUUGGUUUACAAUAUUGCAACUGGUUUUACAGGGUAAAAGUGAAGUGCAUGGUGCCAAAGUUGACAUGCAUGUACAAUCAUGUUGUAUUGGAUCUUGAAUUAAAUGAAUUGAAUAUUACAUUCAAAAUGAACAGUAGGUAUACGAAGCUGUAAUGUAUCUGAUUUUAAAUUGUUAUGUAUGACUGUAGCUUUGUAGAAUAUUGAACAAACACUGAAUUGCUGUCACUAAAUUUCAGCAGUUUAAGAACAUAAUAAAUGUAAUAUUUAACUGCAUGUAGAUUAUAUCAUUAUACUGUUGCACAUGUAUAACUUAACAUAUCACUAUCAGUAUGUAACUUUUAACGUGAUAAGAACAUGACAUGUAUAAGUGUUCUUGCUCAAUAGGCAUAAUAUUUUGCACAGGAAGGGCAAAUCAAAGUGAUGCAGCCAAUGUUAUGUUGCACAUAGUUAGUGUACAAUGAUUAACAGUAAUAAAUUAGAGUGGAACACUGGAUCUGUUAAAAAUGUGCCAAGUUUAUUAUCCUGUCUUUCCUUAUUCUGUGUAAAAGAUAAGUAAUACCAUUCUCACCCGUAAUUAAUCCCCUCUCCCAUUUAAACGUUUUUCUUCUACUAUUAAAUAUAUCUACAUCAAUGGAAUUUUUCUCACAUAUACCUGAACUGGUCAUUACAAGUUGCCUGUCAGGCAACUUGUAAUGACCAGUUCAACAACCAAACUUUACCUGGACCUAUACUAAUUAUUGAAUAUGCAGUGUGGUCGAAAAAGAAUCAGUGUAUUGGUAAAUCCUCUACAUUCAAAGUGCGAAAAUGAAAUGAGCAUUAAUUUGACAAUCGAUACCAGUCAAACAUCAUCUCCAUAAUCCGUAGUAAGUACCAACGAGUACCCGAGAAGUGAUUGAUAAAUUGUUCUUGGUUCCCGUUGACGAUUAAACUGGAGUUCACUCUCGAUCUCAAGUGGGCAAUAUUGAAAGUAGGCUAAUUGACCCUUUGUCACCAACACACCCCAAGAUAGGGGUCAAGAUAACUUAAUUUAUAUUCUUACCUCGUGCAUUGUGUGCUUGCUGUACUUUCGAGCUGCUCUGAGUACAUUACAUCAGUCGAUAUAUUUCACUCCUUCAUGGUAUCUUGAGCGCGUGUCAAAAAAUUAUGAAUAACUUUCAACAAACAACGAUGGACUCCAAAACUCAGUUUGCCUUGAAAACACGAUGCCCACUCCUAAACUUGUCCGUUUCGAAAUUCCAAAUAAUAAACACCACACGCAAUGAACAACAAAACAGUACGAAAAAUUCGAAUUUCUACCACUUAGUCGAUGAAAAGGAAAAAAAUAAAAUGGUAGAAUCUUCAAAUUCGUUGCAGUCUUCCCAGUUUAUGUGUUAAACUACCUGAGACUUCGUGUUUUGACGAGAUAUUAAAUGGUAAAGUUUUAAGAGCGUUAAGGAGAGAAGUAAACACAGGAGAGGGCCUAUUCUGCGCAUGUCUGAAAUUUUCCUUAGCUCACGUGCAUACGCUGUUCCGUGAGGCCUAAAUUUGUUUACUCAAAUAUUUGGUGAUGACUACUUGAGCUGUGGUUACGAUAAAGACAAGGGGACAAGUAUAGAUGAAACUAUUUUGUCAACUCUUGUAGAUUAUAAUCACAAUCAGUGGGAGAGUGGUUAUUUAAAUCAACAGACAGCAGCAUGUGCACGUAAACCUUCUAAGGGGUAUGGUCCCAAACAACUUACAUUCUUACCUACUUCCCAUGAAGCUCCCAUAAAGUCCAAUGGAAGUGAAAUCUCCCAAGAGGAUGUUGUAAUUCUUGAUGAAGGAGGUGACAGUGAUUACAAGGAGCCAAACAGUCUCAGCAAUAGAAUUGAGCAACAGCUAUCAACUGCCAUAUCCUCAGCAUCCACCAGAGCUGAAAUAGCUGCCCUAGCCACUUUGAUUUCCCCAGUAUCCUCUGCUAGUGGCUCCCUAUCCCCCAUGACUGGUCCUGUACCUGAAAGUAAUUCAGUGUUUACAAACCCUAUAUGUGUAGUUGAACGUCCAUGCCAAGCUGUCCUUGAAAGAGCUGAGACUCUCCUGACUGAUGCAAGGCAAAAACAGAACAAUCCACUUGGUGUUGUCAUUACGGAGCUUAAGCAACCACGACGACUACCGGGACGACGACGACCGGAAGUAGGAUGAACGUUAGUGCGCAAGCGCGGCCCAAACAUUUCGUCGUCGUGCCAGCGUCGACGACGUCAGAAAGAGUUGUUUCACGUCGUCGUGAACGUGGGAAGAAACUUGAGUUGAAUUGAGCACUAAAAGGUACGAACUUACUACCAUUUGCCAAAUUUGAUAACUGGUUGGAGUUUUUAUUGUCUUGUGCCGUUAUUUUAAGCUCUUAUGUUCGGGUCAAUUAUCACAAACGGCUUAUUUUAAGUUUUCCAUUUUUGCACAGAUGGCGGCAAGUGUGAAAACUGGAGAGAAAGCAAACACGUAAGCAAUUUAUUGACGGAAUUUAGUGAAAGAAUGCUGAUUGUGAUUAUUUUUGAAUGAAAAGUUUUAGAUAGCAGGAUUAUAUACCUGUGAAUUCGGGUGCAAGAAAAUAUAAAGUAGGUAACUUGUAGAUUCGAUCUUUUACUUAAUUUAAAGCGUCGAGGGUUUUCAUCAGAUUGCGUGUUUACAUUACUCAAACCUUUUUCCCUCUCUGGUUUUGUAACUUUAUUUUCGAAAUAUUUCACUAACUAUCCGGCUAAAAAAAGAUUCCCUUGGCCGUGAAUGUGAAGAGAAAAUAAUCUUUAAGGCUCGGCAUUCUAGGCUGACCGCCGAUUGUUUGUAAAUGUAUUAUCGUUUUGCUUGCGUGAAGUAGAAAGCAACCUUAUUCAAACCUGAAUCCUGCAUUUAUCUGGUGCAACAUCAGGUUUGUUUAUGAGUUACACCCCGUAAUGUUGAAUGGGAAAUAAUCUCCGUAAAAUCUAGUGUUCUUAAUAUUUACGGCGGGUAAAAGAAAUGUGAAAUAAUCUCCUCAAAGUCUAGUAUUCUAAAUAUUUACAGCGGAAAUUAAAAAUACACGUAUCGCCGUGAAAGAACUCGCAGAACAAAUUGCAAAUGUAGGAGGUCGGAAAUAAAAUAAUUUGCAUUGCUUUCGAUCUUUUUAUUGCGGUAAAUUUUCCUUAAAAAUUUAGCUCUUUUAACAGCAAAAAAUAAUAUGAAAAGAUUUUAUAAUAUCAAAUAGUGGAUUAAUUAAAUUUUUAUUUAGCACAAUCACUCACAAAUCCUUUUCUUAUCUACUUUGGCAGAAAUCCAAAUUUCGUGUGGAGUAAUGACCACGAUAUCGUUAUGUGUCGAGAGGUUCUUCAGAUCGAGCCCUACCAAUUUAAAAUCAGAAGUCCAGAAAGGGGGCAGGCCUGGGAAUCUUUGGCAGAAAAGUUAAACGAAAAUUCAUGUCCAAAGUUCCGGGUGACUGCAAGGUCCGUACGAGACCGCUACAACCUCCUUACCAAGAAAAUGGCUGCAAAACUAAAGAGUGAAGAGAAAGCUAGCGGCAUUCAAGUUGAAACUUCAGAGCUUGAUGAUCUCUUAGAAGAAAUACUUGAGAAGGAAAAAGCUGCUAAAGAAAAGUUGGAGAGUGACAACCAGAAUGACAAGGCAGCAGCCGAAGAUAUGCGAAAGAAGGCUCUAGAACGUAUGGGGCAAACUGCGAAAAGAAAAAAGGAAAGUGAUGACUCAGUACCAAAGAAUCUGAAGAAGAAAAGUCGAAGGAGCACAUCAGAUGCUGUGGAAUAUUUAAAAGAAAGGGCGGAUAAAGAGAUUGGUUUGAAAGAACAAGAACUGGAAUUAAGGAAGAAAGAGCAGGAGAACAUAAAAGAAAGGGAGUGGGAAAAGAACCAGAAUCAAGAAAACCUGAUCUCUGCCAUGGUCAAACAACAGCAGCAGCAACAGCAAAUGAUGAUGAUGAUGAUUAAUCAACAGCAGCAACAGUCACAGGCAUUUUUAGCUUUUAUGCAAAAAUAUGUUCCAAAGUAACUUUUUCACAAGUUUGUUUGAUGAACAUUAUUGUUGAGUUAAAGUUGUGCAUCCCUCCCUUGAUAUUUUCAAAUCUUUUGUUAAUAACAUUUGUUCUAAAGAUGAUAUAUUUAUUUCAUCACAAACAUUUUCAAACUUAUUGCAAUUAUAAACUUUACAAUAUUUAUAAAGUGCUGAAGACUAUUGUUAUGAGCUCUCCUUUUGAUUUAAGAGCAAAUAAACAGUAAACAAAUGAAAAUCUCAUGAGAAAUACUCUUCCAGUGUUGGUGGGUCAAGAUCAAAAAAAGGUGGCCGUUUCGUUGCCAUAAAGACAGGUAAGGGCAUUCUGGAGAAGAGCAGAAACGAUAUACAUUUUGCCAAUGCUACUUAGCCCAAUUUUUAAAUUUUUCUUGAAGUCCAAGAACUUAAAGUAGUUUAUUAUGUCCUCAAAUAGCCAUUCAACAGAAGAUCUUACAGCACUCAUUGCAGUAUUGUAAGCCUUCAUUUGAUCGGUUAAAACUCCAAAUCGGAACGGACCCUGAAGAUGGACUCUAAGUGGGUACGCGGGAUCUCCAUACAGGCACGUUGGUUGGCCACCAUGGUCAAAGGCGUACUGCUGUGGUCUCUCGCAACAGUCCCGAAUCUGCAAGCAUUGAUGCAUCAUGCUUUCUGCCUUCUGAAACAAGCGAAGGAUACAAAAAGUUACAAAAAGUAAUUCAUUACUAUUUUAAAAGACAAUUUUUUUUAUUUGAAAUCGCAAUAACGAAAAUAUAGCUACAUAGUUCACCUACGGGACCAUACAUGUUUCCAAUUAAGCCAUUUGGUAACACAAAAGACUGAAACUUGAUAGCAUGGACCCUCUUAUGUCCAUUGUAUAGUAUACGCUGAUUGUCUCCUGGUCGAGCGAUUGGCCUUACAGUGCCAUCGAUGAAGCCAAAGCAGUUGUGUAAAGGUGAGCCUCUUGUCGUAAUGGCUGCUGCGUACGUCUCAAGGUGGUCGGGAUCCAAGAUCUCAGGAUUCCAAUGGGUCAAUCGUCGGCCAUGGACAUCAAAUAUGUAGUCGAUCAAAUUAUUUGUAACCAUGCUGAUGACAGGGACUGGCUUGGCAAAUCUAUGAAUCAUGUCCCCGUAUCUGCAAGGGUAGCUUAACCGUCUCAAAAGCAUACAUAAGCCCUCCACACCGCCACAAGUUGACCUCUGGUCACAUCGUAAGGUCUGAGGAAUUUGCAGAACAUCGGCAAGUCGGUACACAUCUCUUUUCUUGAAACGAAAUUCAGCGAGGUACUCUGACUCGACCAUCUCAUCUAAGUCGAAUUCCGCGUAAAAUUCGUAAGGAAAAUCCGGAUUUCUUGGCUCGAACAUGUCAUAUAGAAUCAAAAGUUCCAUAUCAUCAAUAAAAUUAAAUCCAUGACUGAGAAGACAUAGAUUCUGAACGUCUCUAAACGAUGUCAUUUCUUGACAAAUGCGAGGCUGCACGAAUAUAUCGAACGUCGUCGUCCUUGAGCAACUUCGCUGCUUAAGUUUCAUUUUCCCGCCUAAAACGAAGUCCUCGGUCCAGUCUCUCCGCGCAUACCUGCCGUCGUCGUCCCCUAGGUCGUCGUGGUUGCUUAAGCUCCCUAUUUCAGGGCUAGGACAGUUCUCUGAACAAGGUUUGAGAAUUCUGAAGAAGUUUUGUGCUAUUUCUGAAACAAAACACAAGGUAACUGCAGAAUCUAAAUGGCUCGCUGAACUAAAUUGCACUCAAGAUGAGCUAAAACUUAUUCAGAGAGUUAUAUGGAACAAACCAACAGCAAACCCCAUUCUGGCAUGUGACUAUAAAGCUAUUGAUGUCCUUUCCUUCUCUGAUCUUGCAGAAGAAAGGUAUAUCGACAGCUUUGUCAUUGAUGUCUCCAUCAGCAAAUACAUUGAAGAGAGCUAUUCACAUGGACAUGAGAACAAAUUGUAUUUACCCACUGAAUUUUUCCAGUGGAUGCAGGUCCAAGAUAAAGGUUUCAAACUUGGGAAAUUAAAAGAAAGAGCUUCUCAAAUAACUUUGUUUGAUAAUGUUUGCCAAAUACUAGUGCCAGUCUUCAUGAUAAACCAUUGGGGCCUGAUCUAUGUCAACUUUGCUGAUAAGCAGGUGCAUUUUGAUGAUGGCCUAGGUCUGUUGUGCCACCAGUAG